AUGUGCGCGGCGGGGAGGCGCUGGGGCCGGCGGCAGCGAGCUCUGCUCUGGGUGAUGCUGCUGGCGGCGUGGGAGGCGGCGUGGGGGCAGCUGCGCUACUCGGUGCCCGAGGAGAUGCCCAAGGGCUCGUUCGUGGGCGACGUGGCCAAGGACCUGAGGCUGCAGCUGCCGGAACUCAGCCAUCGCGGGAUGAGGAUCCUGAACAAAGGUAGGACGCAGUAUUUCGCUCUGGACGGGAAGACGGGACAUUUAGUGACGGCGGAGAGGAUCGACCGGGAGCAGCUUUGUCGGCUGGUGGAGAAAUGCGCGCUGCGCUGUGAGCUGAUCGUGGAGGGAGAAAUGCAGGUUUACCGAAUAGAAGUGGAAAUCACGGAUAUUAACGACAACACGCCCAGCUUCAAAGAAAUUGAGCUGGAAGAGAGAAUAAGCGAGAUGACAGCCCCGGGGUCGCGGUUUCCCCUGCCUGAUGCUCACGACCCGGACUCGGGCCGGAAUUCCCUGCAGAGCUACGAGCUGAGCGGUGACGAGCACUUCUCGCUGGCCGUGCAGACGGGCCCCGGCGGCGAUCAGCGUCCCGAGCUGGUGCUGGCGAAGGCGCUGGACCGGGAGGAGGCGGCGUUUCACGAGCUGGUGCUGAGGGCGAUGGACGGCGGCGAUCCGGCACGGACGGGCACGGCUCGGAUCCGAGUGACGGUGCUGGACGCGAACGACAACGCGCCCGUGUUCAGCCAGGCGGAGUACACGGUGCGUGUGCCCGAGGACGUUUCCGUGGGCUCCACCCUCCUCAUUGUCACGGCCACUGACGCCGACGAGGGGGUGAACGGACACGUGGAAUACUCGUUGAAAAAAGUGUCCGACAGGACAUCGAAUAUCUUCCAUCUGGACUCUGAGAGUGGAGAGAUCAGUGUGUUUCGAAUCCUGGACUACGAGGAAGGUGACUCUUAUGAACUGGAGGUGCAGGCACGGGACGGAGGAGGCCUUUUCGACGCUGCCAAAGUCACGAUCAUUGUCACAGACGUAAACGAUAAUGCACCCGAGAUUUCGAUGAGGUCGGCACUGAGUGAGAUCUCUGAGGAUGCCCCGUCUGGGACCGUGGUCGCUCUACUCCACGUGGAGGACCAUGACUCGGGACCGAAUGGCGAGGUGCGCUGCUCGCUCGAUGGGGAUGUCCCGUUCAGGCUGGAGAAGUCUUUUGACGAUUACUACCGUGUGGUGACAGCGAGAGAGCUGGACCGAGAGCAGGUGUCGGAGUACAACGUGACGGUGCGGGCGGCCGACGGCGGGUCGCCGGCGCUGCAGAGCAGCGCGGUGCUGGCGCUGCGGGUGCUGGACGUGAACGACAACGCGCCGGUGUUCGCGGAGGAGCGCUACAGCGCGCGGCUGGCGGAGAACAACGCGGCGGGCGCGCUGGUGCUGACGGUGCGCGCGACGGACGCGGACUGGGGGCAGAACGCGCGCGUGCGGUACCGGCUGUCGGAGGGGCGGGUGCGGGGCGCGCCGCUGUCGUCGUACGUGUCGGUGCAGGCGGAGACGGGCGCGCUGUACGCGCUGCGCUCCUUGGACUACGAGCAGGUGCGCGAGCUGCGGCUGUGGGUGCGUGCGGAGGACGGCGGCGCGCCGGCGCUGAGCAGCAACGUGUCGGUGCUGCUGCUGGUGGUGGACGAGAACGACAACGCGCCGCAGGUGCUGUACCCGCCGCCGGCCGCGCUGCGGGCGGGCUCGGGCUCGGGCUCGGGGGCGGGCUCGGGCUCGGGCUCGGGCUCGGGCGUUGCGUGGUCGGGCGUGGAGCUGGCGCCGCGCUGGUCGGAGGCGGGCGCGCUGGUGGCCAAGGUGGUGGCGGUGGACGCGGACGCGGGUCAGAACGCGUGGCUGUCGUACGAGCUGGCCAAGGCCACGGAGCCGGGGCUGUUCCGCGUGGGGCUGCACAGCGGCGAGGUGCGCACGGCGCGCUCGCCGCUGGCCCGCGACGCGGCGCGCCACAGCCUGGUGGUGGUGGUGAAGGACCACGGGCGGCCGGCGCUGUCGGCCACGGCCACGCUGCAAGUGGUGCUGGCCGAGAGCGUGGCCGAGCUGCUGGCCGAGCUGGGCAGCGCGGCCGACGAGGCGGCGGCGCCGGGCGAGCCGGCCGUGAGCCUGACGCGCUGGCUCGUGCUGGCCGUGGCCGCCGUGUCGUGCCUCUUCGUCGCCUUCCUGCUGCUGCUGCUGGCGCUGCGCCUGCGCCGCUGGCGCCGCCAGCAGCUGCUGCCGCCCGACAGCGGCGCCUUGCGCGGCGUGCCCGUCUCGCACUUCGUGGGCAUCGACGGCGUGCGCGCCUUCCUGCAGUCCUACUCGCACGACGUGUCGCUCACGGCCGACUCGCGCAAGAGCCAGCUGCGCUUCUCGGCCGGCGGCAGCUGCUGCGACACCCUCCCGGCCCGGCCACUGCCCGACGAGCCCGCGCCGCUGCUCGGCGACGAGGAUCCUGCCGGCGCCCUUGCCGCGGAUCCCGCCGUUCCCCCGGUGAGUUCCUCGGAUCUCGUUCUGUCCACGGUGCUUUCUUCUUCUGCCUCCCUCUCCUUUUACCCGCUGGUCUCUCUUCUGAGUAGGGAUAUAUUCUGACAAGUAAGGGAAAGCCUCGGUGAUAAAUGCGCUGCUGCCUCUUGCUGCAGGGAGGUGGACGUAGGAGUCGGAUCUAAGGGUUACGGUGUGUGAGCCUUUCAGCAGAAUUCAGGCUCUUCUCCGCUGGAGAUUUUGUGGUUGAGACUUUUUCUUUCUAUGAGUCCAGGGUGUUCAAUUCCGCUUAUCUCGCCAGAAUUAUGUCUGCUAUGCUGUCAUAUUGCAUUGUAAAGAAGUGGGAUUUUGCGUUGUUAGCAGUGUGAGCUGUGUUGUUGACAGCACCGGUGCUUGAGUUCUGUGACAGAACAUUUGUGUUCUCGUCUAGAAAUUUAAGUUCCCGGUAGUAUUUUUAGCUUUGAACACAAUGUUACAGGUUUUUCUUCUUUUUCUUUCAACCCCGCACUCUUCCAUCAUUAU